AUGUCGAACAUUAUGGGCAAAGUCGAGCAGAAGCUCAACGACAAGCUCAACAAGGACGCCCAGCCAGGCAACCAGGUCGAGGGGAAGGCCGAUGGAGAUGUCAACGACAAGGUGAACCAGGUGGCCAAUGACGUCGGUGUGCCUCAGCAGGACGACGGCAUGCUGGACAAGGUGGCGGAUGCGAAGACGAACUCGGAUAUUCCGUUUGGGAAUAACUGA